ACGKUGUCGUCCUGUAUGUGGUUCUCCUCAGCUGGCGCAUAGUGGGUUGUCAUCUAGGGUUUGACAGUAGAGAGUGCGCUGUGUAUGCUGGUGUCGUGCCACCAUAGCUAUCGAAGCCUGUAGGAUGCGGAUAUGGAGAAGAUAGGGCAGCGAAGGCGUGCAGCAGGUGGGUUGUCCGCGUGUGAUGCUAUACGAAACCUUGUCCUUUCCGCCGCCUUCGUCAUCGUGUUGAGUCCGUUGACUAUUUUUUUCUCGGGACACGGGGUGGGGAUCGUCGGAGGAGGGGGAGCGAGGGGGAAAGAAGCAUCGGGUGUCUCUGCGGUAUCGGACGGGUUCGCGCCUGCGGUCGUCAACCAUCGCCGCGGAUGCCAUGCCGCUCAUACUACGGAUGGCAAUCUACAGACUGAGCGAUCGCUGUUGGCCGACGUCUCGAACCCGUCUCCUCUGCCAAGUCUGCGUAUCGAUAACGAAAGCCUCAUAAUUAGUCAGAGACUAGUGGUAACGCAUGUACCAGAACCGCCUUUUGACGCGGCUAAUGAAACAGUUUCAUGCGGGAACGUUGUCCGCGACAUAGUCGUCGAUCCCCAUCGCCCAAUCCUGUACUAUAUCCUCGAGGAGGUAUGCGUUGAUCUCGCCACUAAACAUGAGACACAUUGGCGGCAGUCSUACAGAAGAGCGGAUUUACGAAAUCGGAGCGGAGGCGGCAUUGCCAACGGCGGGCUGGCGCAGGAGGAGGUAAUUAGCGAGUGGUGGGAAGGGGCGRACUCAAGCGGUGCGCCCCCGUCAACGGGYGCGGUCGUACUCAAUCGAGAGACUACCGAUUCGAACGUAAUGACGGCGUGCAACGGCAUGGACGUGUCCUCGUCGGGCGCCGAUCUUGUCCUCAGCACGGUUGCUAAAGGCACGGUGACGUCGAGAGUAGCACUGUUGUCGACCACCAACGGCAGCCAUUCGUCGAUACCCACAGACGCGUUCUGGUUUGGGAGCUUGGCAUUCAAUCCGAACAGGAGUCGCGUGUAUAUCGGUGACCAGGCGCAGGCCGAGUUUCAUCUUCGCUCUGCUGCAGCGGUCGCGGGAGUGGACGGUGAUGGUCUGAGUGCGCGGAGCUUCUUCGAGAUGGUCACGACCAUAACGAAGAAUGGCAAUCCGAACGUCGGCGGCAUGACGUUCGGGCCUGGGAGCUUCGAUCCGGAAGGCAGUUGCCUUUACUUCGUGGAUGCUGAGAUCAACCGGUUGUGGGGAAUCGAUCUCUCGUCMACAUUGAAGACGCCAACCGCAGUGGCAGGAUCUGGUUCGUUAACAGCGCGCGACGGCGAUGCUUUGACAGCUAUGCUUUAUACUCCCAGGGCGGCGGCCGUUACUCCGGACGGAUGCAAUGUCUUCAUUUCCCAGGGCGAUGGAUUGAUCCGUUGGAUCAAGCUAGGUUCGCCCUGCGAGAGGGCGGUGAGCGCGCACACUGUGGCGACGUACCUGUCCAAGGGGCUWCAUGGAUUGGCGCUGCGCGCCAAUGGCACCCAUCUCCACGUGUACGUGGGAUCGGCCGAUGGACACGUGUUCGAGCUGGAGAUAAACCAGAAACUUUUGCAUGACUGUGGUCGUCCUUCGCCGCCGCUCCUGAGCAUCCCGAGCGAGCCCUCGUCAUCGCCGCCACCUAGCCUGAACAGAAGCGGAGACGGCCCAGACUCCCUACCCUCUCCCGCUUCCAUUUCUCUGCCUGCUUCCGACUCCCUACCCCUUCCCGGUCCUCCAAUCCGACCUUCUCCUUCUCAACCCAACCCACUCCCCGUCCCAGUCACGCCGCCGUCGUCCCAGCGAGAUCCUCUUGUCCACCUUGUCGCUCCGAUUCUCUCUGCGUCCGUCGGGGCUCUCAUCGUCGUCGCCCUGGUCUUGUACUUCCGGUCGAAAUUUGGCGGCCCUUUCCCGCCCCGUGAAGUCUGCAAAAGCUUCGAGCUGGUCAUCGACAGCCGCGGGUCGGGCAUUGAUACUCAGAGCGGCACCACGGGAGGAGAUUCCUCCGGGGUGGGAAGUAUCAAGCUCGCCGGCGUAACAGUUUUCACGCUCGCUGAGUUGUCCUACUGUACCGACGGCUUCAAUGAGAAGAACUUAAUUGGUCAAGGUGGAGCUUUCGGCACUGUCUACCGUGGACAGAUCGGCAGCGCGGAAGUCGCGGUGAAGAUGAUGCAAGGUAAUUUGACGGCGGUGAAGCGUAAACAGUUUGCUGCGGAAGUGAACACGCUUUCCCUGGUUCACCAGACCAACCUCAUCCAACUGAUCGGAUACUGUGAUGAGGGGGGCUACCUCAUGUUGGUCUACCCUUAUUUCCGACGAGGGUGCUUGUACUCACGGCUGCACCCCAAGGUGCCGACAGCAGAGGAGCCUCCGCUGAMACUGCCGGAGCGCAUGUCCAUCGCUCUGGACAUCGCCGAAGCGCUUCGCUAUCUCCAUUAUGGAGCCAUUCAACCGAUCAUSCAUCGCGAYGUCAAGAGCAGCAAUGUCCUGCUGUCCGACGGUGUCCAACAGAAUGUCAGCGCCGUGCUCGCCGAUUUCGGGCUCGCAACGAUGAUAGAUAAGCUGUUCAAGAAGCCAGAGGAUGCGGUCGUGAGUACGAUGCACGUUGCCGGCACAUCCGGAUACAUGGCGCCCGAGUKUUACACGAACAUGAAGUUGACUGUGAAGACCGACGUGUACGCUUUCGGUGUUCUCCUCCUCRAGCUGUUGACUGGCAAAAAGGCGGUCAUACAGACAGGAAAUACAACGGAACCUCUUCUCUACUGGGUCAGGAGCAUGAGAGACGAUCCGAAYGUGCCCCUUUCUUCAAUCGUKGACACGUGUCUGCAAGCCWCKGCUCUAAGAAACAUCCUGAUAGGUCAGAUGGUGGAGCAGGCAAUUGAUUUGGGGAUUCGCUGCGGCGCACACAAUGAGUCGGGAAGGCCAACGAUGACCGAAGCCCUGGAGGAAGUGAGGACCAUCGCCRGGCAACUACGGCGGUUCGCCGCGUGAUCACUGAUGCCCGUUGCCGAAAGUUCAACAACCACCACGACCUGUCCUCGGUGACGAUGCGCCAAUUUA